UUUAAUCAUCUGUGAUUUUGUAAACUGUUGUUAUUACUUUGGAAAUGGAGGCCAUUGCUAAACAUGACUUCAAUGCCACUGCUGAAGAUGAGCUUAGUUUUAAAAAAGGACAGGUUCUCAAGAUUCUGAACAUGGAAGAUGAUCUGAACUGGUAUAGAGCAGAGUUGGAAGGAAAAGAGGGGUUGAUUCCCAGCAACUACAUCGAAAUGAAAAAUCAUGACUGGUACUAUGGAAGAAUAACAAGAGCUGAUGCUGAGAAAUUACUAGGCAACAAACAUGAAGGUGCCUUUGUUGUUAGAGUCAGCGAGAGCUCACCUGGAGAUUUUUCCCUUUCUGUCAAAUGCGGCGACGGUGUUCAGCAUUUUAAGGUACUUCGCGACGCCCAGGGCAAAUUCUUUCUGUGGGUUGUGAAAUUCAACUCGCUCAACGAACUGGUCGACUACCAUCGCUCCACAUCUGUUUCUCGGUCUCAGGAUAUCAAAUUGAGAGACAUGGUGCCUGAAGAGUUUUUGGUGCAGGCACUGUACGAUUUCACCCCUCAAGAACCAGGUGAGUUGGAAUUCAAACGAGGUGACGUCAUCACUGUGACCGACCGUUCUGAUCAGCAUUGGUGGACCGGUGAAAUUGGCCCCCGCCGCGGCCUAUUUCCUGCCACUUACGUUGCUCCGUAUCAUACUUAAAAAGCGACAAUGCCGUUUGUUUUUGUUUUUUUCCUUUGCCCUUAUCUUUCCCUUCAUAACUUUCUUGAUUAUUUUUGUUUUUUUCUUGUAUUAAAGUGGUGCGUCCGUUCUUAAAACUCAAGUUAUUUUACCGACUUCAAAACCUAAAACACACUACUAACUUCUAUAGCAGGACAUUUGAAGUAAUGAACAGCUAAGAUUUACAGGAUUGCAUCUCAUUUCUCAUUUAGAAACAGUUUGUAAAAUUGCUUUCGUUCACUUUUCCUUUUCAAUCUUUGUUCUAACCUCGCUUUUCGACUGUGUUUCCUUCAAGCAUAUAGCUUUCGGGACUUGGCCAUCGAAUAGUCACGUUGGAACAUUUUGUGGUACGAUAGCUGAAAAAUAAGUUAACUUGAUUUGUAAUGUCGAAAACAAUCACUGGGCUAUUGCAAGUUUGGCCAUCAGUUAAGUUGCUUUUUCUUAUCUAAUCGGUUCUUUCUUUUCCUUUUUGUCGACAUUUUAAAGUAAAUUUCGUUUUCUCUAUCUUUUUUUUUUGAUAACUUCUUCAUAACUCUCAUUCUUAUGAACUAGCUUGAGACCAUGCUAUACUUGUACAUCGAACAGUAUCUUGAUUGAUGAAAAUAUAAUGUGCAAACCAA